AAUAAUAAUAAUAAUAACAAUAAUAAUAACAAUAAUAAUAAUAAUAAUAAUAAUAAUAAUAAUAAUAAUAAUAAUAAUAAUAAUAAUAAUAAUAAUAAUAAUAAUAAUAAUAAUAAUAAUAAUAAUAAUAAUAAUAAUAAUAAUAAUAAUAAUAAUAAUAAUAAUAAUAAUAAUAAUAAUAAUAAUAAUAAUAAUAAUAAUAAUAAUAAUAAUAAUAAUAAUAAUAAUAAUAAUAAUAAUAAUAAUAAUAAUAAUAAUAAUAAUAAUAAUAAUAAUAAUAAUAAUAAUAAUAAUAAUAAUAAUAAUAAUAAUAAUAAUAAUAAUAAUAAUAAUAAUAAUAAUAAUAAUAAUAAUAAUAAUAAUAAUAAUAAUAAUAAUAAUAAUAAUAAUAAUAAUAAUAAUAAUAAUAAUAAUAAUAAUAAUAAUAAUAAUAAUAAUAAUAAUAAUAAUAAUAAUAAUAAUAAUAAUAAUAAUAAUAAUAAUAAUAAUAAUAAUAAUAAUAAUAAUAAUAAUAAUAAUAAUAAUAAUAAUAAUAAUAAUAAUAAUAAUAAUAAUAAUAAUAAUAAUAAUAAUAAUAAUAAUAAUAAUAAUAAUAAUAAUAAUAAUAAUAAUAAUAAUAAUAAUAAUAAUAAUAAUAAUAAUAAUAAUAAUAAUAAUAAUAAUAAUAAUAAUAAUAAUAAUAAUAAUAAUAAUAAUAAUAAUAAUAAUAAUAAUAAUAAUAAUAAUAAUAAUAAUAAUAAUAAUAAUAAUAAUAAUAAUAAUAAUAAUAAUAAUAAUAAUAAUAAUAAUAAUAAUAAUAAUAAUAAUAAUAAUAAUAAUAAUAAUAAUAAUAAUAAU